AUGAAACCAGUAUCUAGGUGUGAAUUGGUGCUAUUAUUUGCUCCCAUAUUCACGCCAGUCCUUCUGAGUGGGCGGUUGCCUUUGUUUGGAUGGGACGGAGCACUUCUAAAUGGCUUGAGGACUGCGAUUCAAGUUCUAACUAUCUCCAUCCCCAUCGAUUCGCUACUUUGGGGACGGCCUAUUUACCCUGAAUUUGAGGUUGCUGUCUUCAACAUACUGAAGAAUAGAAGCCAUGAAUAUGGGGUGUCACCAUUUCUAUGGUAUUUUUACUCUUGUUUGCCUCGCGCUCUAUCUGCUAGUCUUCCUUUGGCCGUGCUUGGUGUAUUUCUGGAUCGAAGAUUGCGAAAGUACAUGUCCAUUGCCCUGAUAUUCAUACUGUUGUACAGUGUUCUACCUCAUAAAGAACUUAGGUUUAUUAUCUAUUCUUUCCCACUGAUCAAUCUCUCAGCUGCAGUGUUUUGUGCAAGAAUGUACAUAAAUCGGCAAAAAUCAUUUGGUCGUCGAAUUUUAUACCUUGGUUGUUGCUUGCAUCUUAUUGCCAACCUACUAGCUACAGCCGCCUUUCUUUAUGCUGGAGCAAGAAAUUAUCCUGGUGGAGAUGCAAUCGCACAUCUACAGGCAUUCAUUACUUAG